AUGGUUGGGAAAAGUAACAAGUUGUACGUUUAUAAACGAGGUGGAAGAAUGGAAGAAGUGCAUAUAGAUAAGAUAACAUCAAGAAUUAAAAAGCUUUGUUAUGGACUAAACAUGGAUUUUGUGGAUCCAGUAUCAAUAACAUUAAAAGUUAUUAGUGGCAUUUACUCAGGAGUCACAACUGUAGAGCUAGACAAUUUAGCUGCAGAAACUGCCGCAACCAUGACAACUGAUCAUCCAGAUUAUGCAGUGCUAGCUGCAAGAUUAGCUAUAUCAAACUUACACAAAGAAACCAAAAAGCAUUUCUCAGAUGUGAUGACUGACUUGUACAAUAUAAUUAAUCCGCAUACCCAGAAAAGCACACCAAUGAUUUCUGAUUUUCACUACAAGAUCAUUAUGGAAAAUAAAGAGAGACUGGACUCUGCUAUAGUCUAUGACAGAGAUUUCAAGUACAACUACUUUGGUUUUAAAACGUUGGAGAGAUCGUAUCUUCUUAAAAUAAAUAAUAAGGUUGCUGAGAGACCUCAGCAUAUGUUAAUGAGGGUUUCAAUUGGUAUACAUGGUGAAGAUAUUGAUGGAGCUAUUGAAACUUACAAUCUGUUGUCUGAAAAAUAUUUUACCCAUGCUAGUCCCACUUUAUUCUCAGCAGCUACUCCAAGGCCACAAUUAUCAUCAUGUUUUCUAAUAUCUAUGAAAGAUGAUAGUAUUGAAGGCAUAUAUGACACAUUAAAACAGUGUGCAUUAAUUUCGAAAUCAGCUGGAGAUUUAUUUAUGAAAAGAGUGGAGAAAGACGAAAAGUGGAGUUUAAUGUGCCCUCAUGAUUGUCCUGGUCUUGCUGACUGUUGGGGAGAAGAGUUUGAGAAGCUAUAUGAAAAAUAUGAGCAGGAUAAGAGAUUUGUUAAACAAUACGACUCGUUGGGCGAACUUGGUCUAGCUCCGCACAGUCCGCACCUCCGCUCAGCAAUACUCGCUCGCUCCGCCCCGCUGCCUCGUUCCGCA